AGUUGCAAACAAUUGUGGUCAGGAUUUCUCCACUCUUGCUUCUGGAAAAAACCACCAUGGCUUCUUCAUCUUCAAUUACUCUCCCAACACUUCAAGGUUCUGUAUUCCGAUCUCAAUUCCUGGGAAAACCCCCCAUCACUCAUCGUCCUCAUAACUCAUCUUUCCCGGUUGCCAAACAGCCUAAAAGAGCCGCCUUUUAUGCCAGGUUUGAUCUAUUUGAAAUCCUGGGAGGCAGGGGACUCUGCAAUGGAGAAAAGGGUAUUGAAGUUGAGCUCAAGAGAAACGUGGACGAUACUUCAUCAGAUGUUACUACAGAUGUUGAAAGCUCUAGCAGCACACCGAUCUCAGUUCCAGACGAUGGCUUCGAGAAGGAGAUGAUGGGGUUGACCGGAGGGUUUCCCGGCGGUGAAAGGGGUCUGAUAAAGUUCAUUGAAGAAAACCCUCCGCCGGCAAAGCAGUCGGUUUCGGAUUCAGUUAGUAUUGGUAGGGCUGCCAAGCCGAAAUCGCCGGAGUUGCCGCUGUUAAUGCCGGGAAUGAUCGCGAUUGUGAAGAACCCGAACAAUCCGUUCUACAUGUAUUGCGGCAUUGUGCAGCGGAUCACUGAUGGGAAAGCUGGGGUUCUUUUCGAAGGCGGAAAUUGGGACAGAUUGGUCACGUUUCGCCUUGAGGAACUUGAACGCAGAGAAAAAGGUCCUCCGAUGAAGAACCCAAAGUCUGUUGUUCUUGAAGAUAUGCUAGAGAAGAAGGAUCCAAACUGAUGAUUCCGUUUGAUUUCGUUUCUGUCUCAAACUCUGUGAUGUAUGAAAUGGUGAGGAAUCAUAACUUGUUAUCACGAGGUUCAUUCAUUGAAGAUUUAGGAGGAUGAAAAAAGAAAAAUCACGACUCACGAGGAGAGCAUACAUCCUUUCUGAUCGUGCCUUACGGCUUAUAUACUGACCUAUAUUAUGUAUGGAGGUAGAAUAUUAACUAUUUGUAGGUCGAUAAAGUAGAUAUGUCACGUUAUCGGUGGCAGAAUUUAUGGAUGAUGAUUGUAUCGAUAGUUAGGGGUCGUUUG